GUUUUGUUAACCAAUAUUGUUUUUUUUAAUUGUUAAAUAAAUUUGUUAAAUGUAUUUUAGAUGUAAUAAGGCAUAAAAACAGCCAUUCUUAAGUUUUUGUCAAUGUUUAGGAUUUAACCUUCUUCUUUAUAUAAUUCUCUUUAAAUCUUAACAAUGAACAAUGAAAAUUUUAACAAAGAUCCGGAAAACACGGAAUCACUGGUGGAUUCGUCUUCAACGCAACAUAACCAUCGAUCCUACCUCUCCAAUAUAGUUGAUCAAAUGAUAUUAGAAUCUGACAUACAAGGCUUUGACGAACGAGCUUCCCAUAUGCUUGUCGAUAUAUUACAGAGAGAGGCGCUGUAUUUGUUAAAGGCUUCAGCUGAGAACAGCGAGAAGCGUUUAUCGACUGAGAAGGAGAAACUCUUCAGCGGUACCAGCUCGGCUACCACAUUAACUAAGCCGAAUAUGAAGGUGACUGAGGAAGAUGCCCAGCUUGCUUGCCAAGAGUAUAUGAAUAACAACGUUGUUCAGCCAGGAAUACUAAGGGAUCUGCUUGAGGUACAAAGGUACUCCAACAAUGUUAGAAUUGGCGCUAAACCGUUUCAAUCUGGCGCACGGCAAAAAUCGUAUUCGUUAUACAGAACAGAUGAUGAAUUUGGUCAAUUUCCCAAUGGCCCAGUUCCUCAUUUACCAGAAAACAUUUCAAUCAACACUUUGCUUCCUCACUGGGAUAUUGGAAUUAAGGAAAAUAAACCAUAGAAUGACAGUAUGACAUCAUUUUCAUAUAUAUUAAUGAAACACUUCCACCAUUUUCGAGUUUUAGGUUUAAUUCUUUACACAUAAUCUAGUGCCAUAUUA